UACAGUGUACUUUCGCUUCAUGCUUUCGUUCGAAGCGCCUUUAGCUAGCUCUAACUACUCACGCGGCUGCGCAAGACGAUUUCACGAGAGUUGAGCUGGCUAUAUUUUCAAUAUAAAGUCGGAGAAAUGCGUUAUCGGUUAUGAACGAUCUCGUUUGGAUCGCAGGAUCGACUGCAGUGUUCACAUCGCCGCCGUACAAGUUGCGUCACGUGCUGUUGCCGAAAGGCUGUGGUAUUCCAAUCUGUGGCCUUGGGGUUGCACAUCUGGGCUGCACGCGAACACGUGACUUGCACCUCCGCGCACGGACACUGGACGUUCGCGUUUGUAAUAGGACGCGGGGCAACCCUAGCGUUGCACUUUCUUUCAAAGAGUGGCAGUCUUCCGGAAGGUCCAUAUUCUCGUCGUCGCCCAGGGCUGUACCACAACUUGUAAGUGGCCCUGCCACAAGGGAAGCUAUCUUCGAUUCCGCAUUCAUAGGUAAGUGUGGUCAGAUGCCGUCGCGUGAGCUUAACGAGACACUUCAGAAAAUCGGUUCAGGCGCACAGUGGCAAGCAGUCUUCGACAUCUUUGAUGGCCUGUGUGGUCCUGCAGAUAAACCAAUAAAGGCUCCAAACUCUCAUAUUGCCACCACUGUGUUGUCGAUCGCUGGUAGGAAUGGUGACAUCGAUCGAGUGCGAUGCACAUUUGCUUGGAUGCGUGCACAGGGAUCUGAAAGAAGUGCUCCUACGGCACAUACAUACACUGCAUACAUUCAAGCACUUGGUACGGCUGGGGAAUGGAGGGAAGCCAUCAAAGUAUAUGAAGAGAUGCAACAGGAGGGUAUCUGUCCCACGUCACACACAUAUUCCGCACUUAUUCGUGUUUGCGCGAGAGGAGGUCGCAUUGGCGCGGUGGCCGCGGCAUCACUGGUCUCGGACAUGCGUGUAAUUGGUGUCUCUCCAGAUGUCCCUGUUGCAUCAGCACUGAUUUGUGCAUAUGGUGUGCUUGGUCAGUUCAACAAUGCUGAGCGAAUUUUGUUUGCGGUAGAAUCUGCUCUACUGAACACUAUGCCCGCACAUUGUUUCCAAGAAGUUACAGAUGCACUUCUUACUGAAACAGCAAGUCCUGACGUCCAGUCACCGACAGAAGAUACGAAGGAUGAGAGUGUGCAAACGUCGCAACUGGAGAGCACUGAAAGAAAGAUAAUGCAGCGGCCAGAUGCUCGGCUGUACACUGAAUUUAUGAUUGCUGCAUGUCGUUGUGGUAGGCCUGAUGCAGCUGUAGCAAUUUUUGAGUCGUAUAGAUUGCCUCGUACUACGCAUACAUGCACAGCUGCUAUGAAGGCGUACGGUGACUGUGGUGACUGGCAUAAAGCUAAGGCACUUUACAACUCCAUGGUACGAGACAAUUCAAGAACUCCACCCACGGGCAGAACAUAUAGCACACUGCUCGCAGUGUACGAGAAAUGUGGACAAUGGAAGCGUGCGGUAGCGCUACUUGACGACCUACUCAUGAAAGAUGCUGAAUCUCAGUCCACUUCCAACUCUGAACAACUGAAGGUGAAGGAAAUCCACUACAACAUCACUAUCUCUGCUUGCGGUAAGGAAAGAGAAUGGCUUCGUGCUGAGAACUUGUACAAUGACAUGUUAGUCAGAGGCAUGAAGCCAUCAGCUGUGACAUAUUCAACACUUAUAGCUGCAUACGGUCACGGAGGUGAGGAUACGCGAGCUAAUAUUUGCUUUAGAGAAAUGGUCUUUGAGAAAAAGUUGGUCCCAGAUGACUAUACUUUCGUUGGGCUAAUGCUUGCACCAGCAGCACGCGGCGAACUUGCGGUCUGUCAUGAAAUCAUGUUACGCAUGUCUGAUCUUGGGGUCUUACCAAGUGUACAUGUUUACAAUCAACUCAUUCGAGCAGCUGACGUUUCAUCGCGUUAUGAAACUGCCAUUGAGCUUUAUCAGAAGAUGAUCUCUGAAGGUAUUGAACCGAACGCGACAACUAAGGAUAUGGUACAAUGUGUAGGCCAGAAAGGUGUGGAAUUCUAUGAGGAUCAACAGCUCGCUACAAACUUUGCCAGCCUUGUUGCUGGCUUGGUCGGCAUGGCAGGAAUAAUGGCUGGAAGGUGGUAGCUCACCAAGGUCAAGGUAAGUGGUGAUAGUUGAGCACCACGGUGGAUUUUAGCCACUUCUUCUUGGCAGCCUUCAAUAGAAUAUUUGUGAAUGAAUCACGCAAAAUCUAGGGCUACUAGAUAACGCAUCAAGGCACACGACUAUCAGGAGUUCUGGACACCAUCCUUCAAAUACUGUCAUUUCCCGAGGCCAAGGGAAUGUUGAACAUUUUUUGCACCAUCUCUGUCAAAGAACUGUGUGAAAAUCGACGAGAAGAAUCCAAAGUUUCGGGCGAGCGUAUACUUCAACUCGGAGGGGAUCGAUUCAGUCACAGCACAUAUAUUGAUUUUUUGCUUCAAAGACUGUACAGAAAGGGUGAACAGGAUGUGAUGAGUGACAUCAACUUUCGGGGUAAACGGCGUAAAAUAACGAGAGGAGCGAACGCGUGCGCCAACUUUUAGAACGUGCUCCGCAAACCAAGCUCACCUGAAUACGACACUCAGUAGCUUUCUCAAAGUUUGGGGGGUAUUCUAGCCAUGAGAACAAUGAAGAUCUCUUGGAAAGUGUACCGCCCUGCUCAGAACGCUUCGCGACGUUCUUUGCCUCCGAGGGCUGCAACCGGGGGGGGAUUUCACCAGCGAAACCCGUGAACUCUUUGCUCUUGCUUUUUGGUGCCAAGUUCCUGGGGCUCAUCUGUAACGAAGACCGUUCCUGCUGAUGAGUGAUGUCCCUCGCUGUUGUAGAGUCAUGUGAUCUGCUCGGCGCUCGUGACAUUCUCUUCCACGGAGCUGAAUUGACUUUAUGUGCUUGACUUUUUGUGCUUUCUUCAAGAACGAGAGAGACAUUAAACUCG